AUGUCAACCGAUAUAAUUCCUCAAACUACUUCAACACUAGAACCAUCAACAAACCCCUCAAAACAGUCCAAAUCAUGGGCAAAACGACAAGUAGAGAGACAAAAGAUGGAAACAGUUAAAACUUUAGAAAGACAAAUCAAAUCAGAAUUAGAAUCCGAAGCAGAAAGAAAAAAAGAAGCCAAUCGGAUUAGAAAAUUAAAAGUAGCCGAAAAAGAAAGAUUAGAAAAACUUAGUCUGAAACUUAGUCAAAAGAAAUUGGCUAGAAUGAAAAAACGACUUGGUAGAACUAAGAAAGUGUCUGGUUGA